GGAUAUGGAGACCGAACAAACAGCAUGGUUGGGUCUCCAGCUUAUAUGGCACCAGAGGUUGUGGGGAAAAAGGAGUACACAAGAGCCGUCGACUGGUGGGCUCUCGGAGUCAUCACGUACGAAAUGCUCCUCGGGAAGAGACCCUUCGAUGGACAUAACAACAGCUGCUUAUGUGAAUAUAUCGAGGAGGCGGAACCGCACUUCCCAGAGUCGCUGGAACCAGUAGCAGUGAGCUUCAUAUCAGAGCUCUUGAACAAGAAUCCCGAGGAGCGACUGGGUUCUACCGAAGGAGAUGCAGCUGAUGUAGCCGAACAUCCCUUCUUUAACAACAUAGUCUGGGAUGACAUACUGGAAAGGAAGGCGACGGCUCCGUUCAUACCCAGCCUCGACGGACCGGAGGAUGUCACCUAUUUUGAAGAGGAGUUUACUAAGCUGUCAGCCAAUCUGACGCUGCCGAAAGGACCUUCUGCCGAAAUGGAAAUUCCGAUCGAAGAAGCCUUUCAGGACUUCACCUAUUCGGCAUUUUAAGUCCUAAUACAAUCAUAGACGGGUCUCGGAAGCGUUCAGAAAAGGCAACUCAAACAACACCAGCAGCAGUUUCCUAAAAUUCCAAACACUGCUGUACCGCCAGUUAGGUAACUCCUCUUCAAAAUCACAAUUCCACCAGUGAUGACCCUUCCAUGCGCUACCGCCGUUCCACCAGUAGCAUUUUCAGGUAAAGACCAGCAAUGCAUCUCCUUCUCUCCACCAGCCGCAUCUUCUCUUUCACACACCUCAGUUGUGCCUUAAUUCCAUCUGCCAUAACUUAACCAGCAGUGUAUGCCCUUACUUCCACAGCAAUUCCACCAGCAGCUUAUGCCCAUCCUUCCAUUUUAAUUCCACCAGCGAUGCCUCCCUUGCCAAAUACUGCCCUUCCACCAGUGGUGCCUCCCAUGCCACAAUUCACCAACAGUGCCUCCCCUGCCGCCCACCACACUUCCGCCAGCAGUGCCUCACCUGCCACCCACCGCAGUUUCACCAAUGGUAACUUCUUCAACAAGAUAUGGCAUCAUAAACAUGAGCUACUCAGUAGGCUCUGCAUUCCUUUUCACUCCAUCCCUCAGACUGCAGAAGCCGGGGUCUGUAGGCUGCAUGGGGUCCAAUGGAAUGGAAGGGAAUGCAGCUUUCACUUGUAGCUUCAUGGCACCCAUGUGUAUGCUGUCAUAUCUCUGUUUGCCUCACCAGCAGUGCCUCCCAUUGCAUUCCACCUUUUCUUUCGCUUAAGCUCCACCAGCAGUGCCAUCCCUUACACUCACCCCAGUUCCACCAGUGCCUCUUGUUUCAAUCAGAUAUGGCACCAUAAAAAAGAGCGCAGGUAAGUACUGCAAAAUCAUUCACUCCACACAAACAGACAUUCAGUCCACACAAACACGCAUUCACUCCACACAAACACACUAUAAUCACUACAGAAACUUGCACUUUUAAUGCCCGUCUCCUCUAUUCAGGAGGCUCCUCCAGUCAGAAGUCUCCCUCCAUAGGCUGUGUGAGGGUAUAUAUACAAUACCACAGUCCUCAGCGCUCUAAAAUUGGUGUAAUCUCCAAUCCUGUGUGAAUCAUAAGUCCAAUCAAGUGUAUGUGUCGAAAACUUCCUGCAGCUCCGCUUCAGAUCAACCCCUUUGACUGGGUCCCAAAGACGAAUUCAGCAAUACAUACAGACGGAGCGCAUGUGUAAAGAAAAAAUAUACAAUAGUGCAACAGAGUACAUAUAGAGGAGAUCCUUCUCCAAAACGUAACUAAACAGUGUAACAGUUUAAAAGAGAAAGUUUGUGCUCAUUUAAUUUACACUAACACCCAAGUGCGGUACUGCAAACUGCUUACCAGAUGGCAGUAUA